GGCCAGCCAUUCUCUUGGCUAUCCCGUAGUCACCGCCUCCUCCAAAGUCACUCCCAAACCCCCGCUUCCAGUACCUUCUCGAAGCUCCUCCGUCGCCGCCUCCACCCGCUCCGAUGGCGAAGGAACCGAUGCGCGUGCUCGUCACCGGCGCCGCAGGACAAAUCGGAUAUGCGCUUGUUCCAAUGAUUGCUAGAGGAGUUAUGCUUGGCGCAGACCAACCUGUUAUUCUGCACAUGCUUGACAUUCCGCCAGCGGCUGAAGCUCUUAAUGGUGUUAAGAUGGAGUUGGUUGAUGCCGCAUUUCCUCUUCUUAAGGGAGUUGUUGCAACAACUGAUGUUGUGGAGGCCUGCACUGGCGUGAAUGUUGCGGUCAUGGUUGGUGGAUUCCCCAGGAAGGAGGGAAUGGAAAGGAAGGAUGUUAUGUCAAAAAAUGUUUCAAUCUACAAAGCUCAAGCAUCUGCCCUCGAAGCCCAUGCUGCCCCCAACUGCAAGGUUUUGGUUGUUGCCAACCCAGCAAACACUAAUGCUCUUAUCUUGAAAGAAUUUGCUCCAUCUAUCCCUGAGAGGAAUGUUACUUGCUUGACCCGCCUGGACCACAACAGGGCUCUUGGCCAGAUUUCUGAGAGGCUUAAUGUCCAAGUCAGUGACGUGAAGAAUGUUAUUAUCUGGGGUAACCACUCGUCCACUCAGUACCCUGAUGUUAACCAUGCCACAGUGAAGACUUCCAGUGGAGAGAAGCCUGUUCGUGAACUUGUUGCUGAUGAUGCAUGGCUUAAUGGGGAAUUCAUCACAACCGUCCAGCAGCGUGGUGCUGCAAUCAUCAAGGCAAGAAAGCUCUCCAGUGCCCUUUCUGCUGCCAGCUCUGCUUGUGACCACAUUCGUGAUUGGGUUCUUGGAACCCCUGAGGGAACAUAUGUUUCCAUGGGUGUAUACUCCGAUGGUUCGUACGGUGUGCCUGCUGGACUGAUCUACUCAUUCCCAGUAACAUGCAGCGGUGGUGAAUGGAAAAUCGUUCAAGGCCUUCCCAUCGACGAGUUCUCGAGGAAGAAGAUGGACGCGACCGCCCAGGAGCUGUCCGAGGAGAAGGCGCUUGCUUACUCAUGCCUCGAGUAAACUCCACCCAUACUCAGAGAGAGCAAUUGCUGCUCCUGUGUUUUGAAUAAAAGAAACUCCAGCGUCGUUCAUAGAUUCUCUCACUCAGAACUGCUGCCCAUCGGCGGUGCAGGUCGCUGGCUUCGCCCAGCGUGUAUGAGGCUUGUAGCCCUUUUUGCCUGAUGAUCUGCAGGACAUUUAUUGAAACUUGCAAUUGAACCUCUUGACCAUCUGAUGGAAGUGGAACCGUAGUUUUGUUUC